AAAUAUUUUCAUUUUGCUACACUCACGGAAUAGAAUUCAAGAAAGAUUUUUUGUUGCAUUUGCAAAAUAAAAAAUAAAUCUCAAAACAAUGUAGAAAAUACUAUUAUUUCAGAAUAGUAUUAAAAAAAAACCACUGCAAAAUUUAAAGUCUCAUUUAAAUUACUAUCAACUUACUGCAACACAAAAAUGAGUGGAAAAAUAAAUGCAGAAAUUGAAAAUUGUGUUCGCAAUAACAUCAAUUGGCAAAAUCUGCCAGUGCAUCUAAAACAGAUCCUACAUAACAACCAAAAGGACUAUGAACGUUACGUUUUCAACUACAGUUUAAAAAAUCAACUUCGACAUCGAGGAAAUUUAGCUCGAAAAGUAUUUCGCAAUGAACAACGCUACUAUGAAUUACUUGUGCAAAAAAGUGUCAAUUGUCUUUGCCUAUUUCCAUAUCAUUUGGCUGACAUAAUAACUAAAGGAUUACGAGUAACACCAUUCAAUUAUUAUUUGGAUGUUAUCAGUACUUUGGUUAAAAAUGAUAAAAGUUAUGAUACUUUGCCAAAUUUUACUGCUGCAGAUUGUCUAAGGGUUCUUGGCAUUGGUCGCAAUGAAUAUUUGGCAUUAAUCAGCGAUCUCAAAACAAAUACGUCCAAGUUGCUUUUUAGCAAACCCAAUCCGAUGACAUUUUUGCCCAAAUUCCCAGUCAGAAUUAAUAUUGAACCAUGGUGGAAAGUUGAAGUUGGCUAUGUUUUAGAAAGUGAUAUUAGGUAUGUAAACGAUGCUGAGAGAAGUCUUAUUGACGAUUUGAUUGAUUUUGGCUCUCAAACAGCUGGAAAGUGUGAUUAUGCUGUCAUUCAUAGUCUUUAUAGAAAAGGUCUUAUCUAUUUGGAUGUUCCAAUAAGUGGAGAAGAUCGAAUAUGCAUUCCACCACUUCGUAACUUUGUAAUGAAUCGCGUUAGUGGCGAUUAUUUUGAAAAUCUUCUUUACAAAAUCUUUGUCAGUACCGAUGAACACAUGACCAUGUCGGAAUUAUCAAACAUGCUCCAAAUUGACUUGGAUACUGUCAAACAAGCAGUAUCACUUUUCUGUCGUUUAGGAUUUGCUAAAAGAAAGGAUCCACUCGAUGAUAGUUUCACAGCAGUUUAUCAUGCAAGUUGGGAUAAGAAUAAUCGUGAAACCCACCAGGAUGAUCGUCCACAAGUAACCCCACUUAAUUAUCAUUCUCUUUUGAUCAAUGAAGAAGGAACAGGUCUGAUAACCCAAGAAAAUAGUCCAAAACAACAAAAAGACAAUAAUUCCAUUGAAUAUGUUUCGGAUGAGAAUAAUAGUGAUUUUUCAUUUCCCAACGUACCGACACCUUCGCCGGUACAAGAAACAAAACGAACACCUGACAAAGGUAGUUCAGAGAAUGAAUUGAGCUCGGAAUUGGAAGAUGUGAGUGAUGCUAUUGCAAAUAAAUCUGCUGCGAAAGAGAGUCCUAGUCCGAAGAGUGGAAAACGUGUUGGAUUUUUGUUCGAUUCGACAUUAACGGCAUUUUUGAUGAUGGGUAAUUUAUCACCGGGAUUGAAAAAUCAUGCAGUAACUAUGUUUGAGGUGGGCAAGUUGUGUGAUGAGAGUAUGGAUACAUUUUUAGCUGAGUUGGAGAAAGUAUCUUUACUCGAUGCAGAAGGAGAAGGUGAUGUUAGCAGAUAUUUUGCUCAUGCUAUUAUUUUGAGAUCAACUAUAAUCGCUUUGAGAAAUAUACUUCCUGGCGGACUGGAUCUGCUACGUUUAGAAUGUUUGGAAAGUUUGGAUCAUAAAACUAGAGAUCGACUUUUGGAAAAGAAAUACAAAUUUAUCAUAUCGGCAUCGCCCCUCACCGGCUUCACAACGCAUGUGUUCAACAUUCCAUUUUUUGGCCAAUUCUACAGAAGUUCCGAGAACUCUCAUUUAUGGUCGAAAUUAUUUUUCUAUCAUAUCUCUGGCUAUGGACCACCAAGUUUGCUCCUUUGCAAAGGAACAACACUAAAAGUACUACCCCGACUAUUCCUGGGAUAUGGUAAACUCUUGGUCAAUAUCCUACACAGUGACUCUUAUGUUAUAAAUUCGGAGAAUUUCCGCAACCUAAAUGAUCAACUUAAAAACGGUUGUAUUUUACUGCAAGGCUAUGGAAUACGCUCACCAGGCGAACUUCGUUACGAAGCAUUCCCUUUUAAUGAAAAAGAACAAACUAUUUGGUCUGAACACAAAGCUGUUCGAAAUUUGCGCACUCAACUGGACUUGGAAAACACUUGUGGUUUCAUAACUUUUGUUAACACUGGCGUAGCUGAUAUUGGUUGCGAUAAUUAUGAUGUUGAUGUUCAUAUGGAACGUCCACGUGUAAAGAAAAAGAGUUUACCUGGUGGUGCAGUUGAAGUGAAACCUCAAUCUGAGACUGCUCCCAUUCAACCAGCAAAAACCAUUGUUCCAGAAUUGACAUCACCCACAGAUCCCUCCGAAGUGACUAGCUUCAAUCGCCAAACACCGACUAAACGAGCCGACUUAAAGAGUCCCGAUGAAGAUUACUUCUCGGUGACACCACAACAUGGCUCACCAUCAAAUGUUUUUAUGUCAGAGGAUUGCAAUGAAUUGCUAGCAUCGGAAUUGGCCAAAUGUGAACCUACCAGAGAACUGGUAUCACAAGGCUCAGUUGAAAUUCCUAUGCAAUCGGAAGAGAGACUCUCCUCAUUAGAUUCCCAUUCGGAAGAAGACUUUGGUGAGCCAUGGACUGUGCUUGAUGUUAACUUUGGCGUCCCACUUUUUGACGUUGACUGCAAUACAAGGAUUUGUGAAUAUAUUGUACGAAAUUUGUGCAACGACGAAAGCUUACAACGAUUACCAGCCAUUAACUCUGCAAUGAAUGAAAAGUUCCUCAAGUUCAUCAAACAGUGUUUGUACUUUGAUGAUGAAAAUGUUGGACUGAUUAAAAUUGGUAAACUCCUGCCACAUCCACGAAUUAAUUUAGCAUUCGAAAAUGGCAAAGUUUGCUACUGGAAUGGCAAAUGAUAAAACUACCUAACUGCUACGCAUUCCUUUUUUACACACAUAACUUUUACAUAAUACAAUUAUUUCUAUGUAGUUAAUUAGUUUAUAUAUAUUUUCCCACAUUCCCACCUACUCCUUAAUUCCUUCCCUCUUCCUCUUAUUAUAUUAUACAUACCCUACUACUACUUAUUUUUCAAGUGUUUUUGUAUAACAGAAAUAUUAUUAUAAAAAAUUGGAAUAUAACAAUCCAUUAAAGCUCUUAGGACCGAUUGAAAAUAGUCCAAGAAGCAAUGUGUACCUUAUGCGAUUGAUAUAAAAAUUGUAUGCAUCUUAUAUGCCAAAAUAAAUAAAAAAAAAAAAUCAGCAAACUUGCAAUACAUAGAUUCUUAUGAAAUAAGAAUAUAUAAGUUUUAUUUUUUUUUUGUUGAGAGAUAAUAGAUAACGAUCCAGAAACUAUCAAGUUUAAAAAUUCAUUUAUAUUUAUUUCUUAGUUUUUUUGCUUUGAAUUUUUAAUGCA